AUGACGGAGGCUCCGCCUAUUGUCUUUAUCGCCAGGCAUGGUGCCCGCCUCGAUGCAGCAGAUAAGAACUGGCACCUCACAUCUCCUACCCCGUAUGACCCCCCGCUGUCGUAUGGGGGUUGGCUACAGGCGAGGGCGCUGGGUCUUCGCAUCGCCAGCCUCCUCGAGGCACCUCAGUAUGCAGGCAAGGAACCAGAGUCUCUUCUUGGUCAUCCUGCCGCCUCGAGCAACCCGACCACAGCCACCUCGUCGUCGAUAAAGCCAGGACCGCCUCUGCGAUACAAUUUCAUCAUCCACACUUCGCCAUACCUACGAUGUUUGCAAACGGCUAUCGGUGUGAGUGCAGGCCUCAGUCAUCAUCGAUCAGCUGAGCAUACCUCGGAAUCGUCGCCCCUUUCCGGCGCGACUCAGGAUCUUGUGACUGAGAACGGGGCCCAAGACAAACGGCCACUGUUGCGCGUGGACGCUUUCCUGGGCGAGUGGUUGUCCCCAGACUACUUUGAGCAAAUCAUACCACCUCCUCCAUCAGAGAAGAUGGUCGUCUCGGCAAAAACCGAGCUGCUUCGUCGAGGCGAGGGAAUUCCCAACCCCAGAAAUUCGCGGUCGACGUCAGGUCACUUCCCAGGAGGCUGGGGCAGCGACUCAGCCUCGAAAACCACCGAAAAGGAACAUGAACGUCAAGUGUUUCCGGGGAACGCUGCUGGUAGUUCAAGCCUUGGGGAGCUGUCACAAAGACCGCGAUCGAGCACUUUCAAUACCCCCACAGACCCCGCCAUCCCACGAGGCCGAGCUCUAGGCCGUCUGAACACCGACAUUCGUCCCUCGAUUCUCUCUGCAUACAAACCUCCCACGCCCAGUUACGCCGUGUCUCCUUCAGAUCCGAUUCCAGUCGGGUACGUCGCGCACGCACGAGACGCCUGUACCAGGAUUGACUAUCAAUGGGAUAGCAUGCGCACCCCGUACUGGGGUACAGGAGGCGAGUACGGUGAAGAGUGGGGUCUGAUGCACGAGAGGGUACACGCUGGGUUCCAAAAGAUGAUCGAUUACUAUCGGGACGGUGAAAGUCCCAGUGACAGAGGCCGUGCAUUGUCGAACGGAUCAUCCCCCGUCGAAGGUCCCACGCAGACCGUGCUGAUCAUUAUCACCCACGGAGCAGAUUGCAACGCCUUGAUUGGGGCGCUUGCUGGGAGAUCAGUCCUUCUUGACAUUGGUACUGCCUCCCUGACCAUGGCUGUGCGACGCGAUCGCCUCGGGGUUGCUUCCAGUCCUUCGUCCGACCGCGUGCCAGAAUCUUUGAGGGCCCCUAACUUGCCUUCCUCAUUGACCGACCGAGGAGCGCGAUUAGUCUCCCAGGAAUACUCUUUACAACUCAUUGCAUCUAAUGAUCAUUUGCGUGCGGGGGUGAACCCCUCCCAGCUCGCCUCCCUCACUUCCCCGACUGCCCCUCAACCUCUGCCGCCACCAUCGAUCUCCUCCUAUCGCAAUCGAACUGCCUCUCGCCCAUCCGCCUCUAUCCUGCAGGGCUCCUUUGUGAUUGAUUCCACUCCCAAAAUCAAUACAAAUAUGCGCAACUGGUCUCAAAACAGGCGCUCCUCUCCGACCUCGGCACCGCCACGAGGCGGACCUGGCCUGUGGGGCUCUAUCAGGUCCCCCACAAUCGAGGCCGACGAAGACGCCGACGAAAACUAUGUGCCCAAUUUUGGAAAUCCAACUUUGGCACGUCCUGAGAAUCACGAGAAAUCAGAUACUGACCCUGACCAAACCAAUGGACCGGGUGGACUGAAGCAACUGCCUCGGAGAACUGCCUCUCAGCGUGGCUUGUGGGGCAGCGCUCAGACUUUGGACGAUCGCAAUGCCACCUCACGACGACGGUGGACGGUCACCGAUCAAAAGUUGUAA